AUGGAGAGUUCCACCUUACCUGCUUUAGGGAAUGAUGGCUGCGCUGAAAGCUUCUUCAACGUCUGCCUCAGAGAGAUUCCAUGCCCUCAAGGUGACUGCUCGGCGCUUUGGGACCUCCGCGUGAAAGAAGGUGAGGUCUCUUCCAGCUCACAGUGGGCGAAAUAUGCAGACUGCUCUGGAACCACACCACUGCUGCAGCGCGAGACGGAGGUGGGCCCAGCAACCUCAAAGCAUCGUAUGAAGCUCGAGGCUCUGUGGGCGAAGGGCGUGAACUCCUUGGAGUUGGAGACCCUCCAGUUACGUCGUCCCCCGGAUCUCUGGCAGGCUGACCAACUUUGGCACCUUGACAUCCGGGCAGCUUUCGCUGACCUCCAUGUGUUCAUGAACGUUUUCGUGGACGGCAAGGAGUGGUACAGCGGCAAUGUGUGCUGCGAUGAGCCGUUUCACUUCGAGCUCCAAGUCACUGUCCAAUGCCGGCAGGGCUUGGGAUUCGACGCCAUGGUGCUAAACUUACUCCACAUGGACAAGGUGGUCUUGGCACACAACACAGCGCUCCUCUCAGGGCCUGCUUGGGCAGCGGCCGCAUCCGAAGCAGGCCGGAAAGAGCUGGUGAAAAAAGUGGUCGAAGACUUCGUUUCGUUGAAAACUGGAAGACUGCUGUUGAGGAACCUGGAGAAUAAGUCGGCGAAAGCGCGGCAGAUCGCCAGCGAUGUCCUCUCAGAUGUCGUGGAACUUAACACAGGUGAGAUUUGCACUAUGCAGGUGUGA